AUGGCGACCACGACGACAACCACGACCAGCAGCGGCACAAGCGGCACAAGCGGCAUAGCGGCGAUGCAGGCACGCAGUGGGAGGACGCGGGAUCUCGCUGCGCGUGUGGCUGCGUUGAGAAAAGAGGUGACGCAGCUGCGAAAGGAAUGGGCCGCCGCCCAGGAGGAGUCCGUGGACCAGCACCACGUAGAUGCCAUCAUGAAGCAGCUGCUGACAGCGGAACAGACAACCGAGGGCGACAAAGACAGGCCUGCGCCUCACAAGUCCGUGCAACACGUGGAAGUGGACGAUGCGCUCGGCCAUGUCAAGACCAUGGCCAGCCUGUCUGGAAUCACGUUCACAGAAGUCACCACAUCAGUGACCAGGAAUCCAGAAGGCGCCGCCAUCAGUAACACUGGAACACACCGCACAUACAACCUGAAGGGAACCUGCCAUGGCCUCGGCUUCUUCCUUACCUUUGCCGUCAACGAACAGCGAACAAGCCAAACCAUUGAGCGUGUGGCGGCGCAUGUUGAUGAUAUCUGCAAGCCAGAGCUCUCACGCUUUGUGCAGCGGGUUGAACGAUCUCGCAGCCCACAGUUGUUCUUUCAAGGAUUCGCACAGUAUGCGCGUGUCAACGCUGAACGGCAGCGAGUGGUGCAGGAGCUGCUGCGCUCAUAUCCAGAGGUGGUCUCUGUUCCCACAGCGCCCCACAUGCAAGGUGGAUAG